UUCUAGCAACACACAGCAAUGUAGUGACUGUCGAAAAUCAGAAAAUCAGUGUUUUUUAGCAAAAUGUAGUGGCCAUAGUUAAGUUGAACAAGUUGUGAUGUGUGUACUUAUAACGGUAGUUGUUCGGAGCGCUAUUAAUAUCGUCAAGUCGACCGAAUUUGUGCAUUUUGUGUGAUUUGGAUGGAGAAAACGAGCAACGAGGGCAGCGCCGCAGCAGUAUGUUUGUCAUGAACUGGUUCAACAAUCUCAGUAAUCGCAGUUUGGCGAUAACGCUGCUAAUUUGCAUAUCCCUAAUAUAUGUAUCAUAUACAUUCAAUUCGUGCCUAUUAACAAGCAUUAGUCGGACAUUCCAAAAGAAUCCAUUUCGCGGCCUACUUUUUUCCGAUGACGAGCUCACCGUUACUACUACAACACCGCCACCCACGAAGCUAGAUACUUCAAAUGACAGCGUUAGUGUCGUCGGUGUGGCAUCGAAACAUACACCGGAAGCUUUAAGCUUAAGAAAUCACGGUUCAUCCGUUGUACAUAUUGCGACGUUAAGUGGUUCAAAUAACAACCCAACCAACAACAACAAUGCAAGCAAUCCGCCACAGGAAGCUGCUGACGGUUCACCGAAAUAUCGUUUCCUACGUCAACAAGGUUUGCAUCCGUCGCGUCAUCUGCCCGACACGCUCAUCAUUGGCGUGAAGAAGAGCGGCACACGCGCGCUACUUGAAUUCAUACGUCUGCAUCCGGAUGUACGCGCCGCCGGCUGUGAGGUGCAUUUUUUUGAUCGUCACUAUCAGCGUGGUCUGCGCUGGUAUCGCCACCACAUGCCCUACACCAUUGAGGGUCAAAUAACAAUGGAGAAGACGCCGAGCUAUUUUGUGACAAAAGAGGUGCCGCAGCGGGUGCAUCAAAUGAAUGCGGCGACAAAGCUGUUAAUUGUUGUGCGCGAUCCUGUGACACGAGCCAUAUCCGACUAUACGCAAGCGGCCAGCAAGAAAUCGGAUAUGAAACGUUUCGAAGAUUUAGCCUUCGUCAACGGCUCGUUCGCGGUAGUGGACACCGCUUGGGGACCGGUCAAAAUAGGUGUAUACUCGCGUUAUCUGGAGAAGUGGUUGAAAUACUUUCCGCUCUCGCAAUUGCUCUUCAUAAGCGGCGAACGGCUUAUUAUGGAUCCUGCCUAUGAGAUUGGACGUGUACAAGACUUCUUGGGUCUCAAACGCGUCGUGACUGAGAAACAUUUUUACUUUAACGCCACCAAAGGUUUCCCCUGUCUAUUCAAGUCGGAAGCGCGUUCCACGCCACAUUGUUUGGGCAAGACGAAAGGACGCAAUCAUCCGCACAUAGAGGAAGCUGCCAUCGAACGUUUGCGCGAAUUCUAUCGACCGUUCAACAACAAAUUUUACCAAAUGACCGGCAUCAAUUUCGCUUGGCCCUAAAGCGGAUACACACAAGCGUCUUAUGAGGGCAAGUCGAUGUAUAUAGCGGGCGGAAGUAAUAUUACAAGCGCUUCAAAAGCGUUGAACGAAGUUAGUAUUUACGAUAUUGUCAGAAGACUUACGAUCUUCGACAAAAAAAUUACGAUAUGGUCGAAAAAAUUACGAUAUUCGUCGAAAAUAUUUACGAUAUAUGUAUGUAUGUAUAUACAUAUGUACGAAUACAUUCAUAUAAAAGUGGUAUCAAUUAUGCUGUUGUUAGCCAAAUUUACCUACAAACAUACAUACUUAGUAUGUACUCGUAAGUGAUAACGAGCGAGUAGUUAGGUACUCGAUUGUUUAAUGAUCGUCGGAAAUGCACAAUUUUUGCUUCAAAACUUUAUAAACGAACUUUGCAAUCUCGUAGUUUACACAUACGAAUUACAUACAUACAAAUCGUAGAUCAUUAGCGUAAGCGUUUCAUACAUAUUGACAUACCAUAGGUAUUUAUAAUAAUAGCAUAAAAAGAUACGUUUACUUGCAAGCGCGAAAAAUCAUUACUUCACGCACCAAAUAAAAAAUGAAAUCGACAUCUCCGCAAGUGAAUAGAUGUACUAUAUAAUUUAUGUGAUAUACAACUAUGUAGAUCGAUUUAAUAUGCAAAUAUCUGAGUUUUUGAACAUUAGGGUAGAACAUUUGAUCAAAAUAUGCCGAUCACGGAUCUAAUUUGAACUCAUAUAAAUAUUUUUUUGACAAAAUUCUUCAAAAUUUGUCUUCAAACCGAUCUAAAGUUGUAUCUAAGCAUGAUCGAAGAAAGGCUGUGCUCUAAGAUCUAGUUUCGAAUUAACGCAAAGCCAAAAAGUUUUUGUUAAAAUUAAACAAGUAAAAAAGUUCAAAAACUUCGGUUGAGGGCGGAUAUUAGACACUUUAACAAUUUCAAGGAAGACUAUUGUAUAUAUUUUUUUUAACUAUUCAUUUUUUUCAAUCCCUUCAUGAAAUUUGUUUGGAAAUACCCUAACAAAAAUUCUCUACAAAUUAUAGACCUUAAUAUUAACAUUAAGGACAUGACCGAGGCAUGUAAAAAUUUUCCAUUGAAAAUACACGACAAUCGUGAUUUUUUAUCUUUAAAUUUCUAUAGCUCAGAGGCAUUUUAUGGCAUCGCUUUGACUUUAGACACAUAUUCCUCAGAAUUAAACACUCUACAAAAGUUUCCAUUGCGACAAAGUCGAAACUCACACCGGCGAGGUAGUACGAGGCUCUAAACCUGAUUUUUCCAUAAAAACCGAAUUUUUUUGAAUUUAUCUCGAAAAUGACAGCAGCUAUAAAAAAAUGUAAAUGACAA